CUAAAAUUCCACUGCCAAUUGCCAAACCAAACAGGCAAACACACCAUUUUCCCUCCGUUCUCGUCUCGCAGAGAACGGUGGCUCAUGGCAGCGGUUCGCCGGAUCUUUCUCUCUCUAAGAAGUGUCGACAUUGCUUGUGUGGCUAGUUCAUGGAGGCACAUAUCUUCAAGUUCCUUACAGAUUAGGGAAACCGCGCCGUAUAGAAUCCGCCGCGGCGCCGGCGACGAGCUCAAGAGCUGGAUUUUCAAUAGCGUUUGCACACAGAGGAGUACGACUGCUGUGCUCCAGAAUUGGGUGGAUGAUGGGCGAAGGAUUUCGGUAUCUGAGCUCCGGCGUAUCUCCAGGCAGCUUAUGAAACGCCGCCGUUUUAAACCCGCUUUUGAGAUACUAAUGUGGAUGGAAACUCAAGAUAAUUCUUGGAUGUGUGCUGCUGACUAUGCAAUCAGAUUGGAAUUAACAAUUAAAAUUCAUGGUUCAGAAGGUGCUGAAGAAUAUUUUGAUAAAUUGCCAGGCUCGGUUUCGAAGAAGGCUUCUUGUCUUCGUCUUCUUCGUUGUUAUGCUAAAGAAAGGGACACUGGGAAGGCGGAAGCUUUGAUGGCAAAGAUGAAUGGCAUGGGGUUGGCUGUGACCACUCAGCCCUUUAAUGAGAUGAUGAAGCUCUAUAUGGCUACUUCUCAGUACACUAAAGUACCAUCUGUCAUCCUGCAAAUGAAGCACAACUGCAUACCGCUAAAUGUGCUCUCCUAUAACCUUUGGAUGACCGCAUAUGGAGAUCUGAGUGACAUUGAAUCAGUGGAGGCUGUGUAUAAAGAAAUGAUGAAUGAUCCACAGGUUGGCGUAGGAUGGAGCAGUUUGUGCACAUUAGCUAACAUCUACCAAAAAGCGGGACUUAUCCGCAAGGCUAUUUUGGUCCUGAGAGUUGCUGAAAAGAAAUUGUCUAACUGUAACCGCCUUGCUUAUUUCUUUAUUAUUACGCUAUACACUUCUUUAAACGAUAAGGAAGGAGUACUUCGGCUUUGGGAAGCUUCUAAAGCUGUAAAAGGCAGAAUGACUUGUGCCAAUUACAUGUGUAUGUUGUCAUCUUUGGUGAAGCUUGGUGAGAUUGAGGAUGCUCAGAAUAUUUUUGAAGAAUGGGAGUCUCAAUGUAGGGCAUAUGACGUCAGAGUCCCCAACAUUCUUCUCGGUGCAUACAUGAGGAAUGGACUAACGGGGAAAGCUGAGUUAUUAUAUCUUCGCACAUUGGAGAAAGGCGGAGUUCCAAAUUAUAAGACCUGGGAAAUACUGAUGGAAGGAUGGGUUAGAAGUCAGAAUAUAGAGAAAGCUAUUGAUGCCAUACAAAGAGCUCUUGCCAUGUCGAAAGACUGUGAUUGGAGGCCAUCACCUAGUAUUGUAGUGACCAUUGCGAACUAUCUGCAGAAGAGUGAAAAUUUUGAAGAGGCUGUACAAUAUCUUCGAGCUCUCAGAAAAUUCAAUCUUGCUAGCCUUCCAGUCUACAAAUCAUUGCUUAGGAUGCGAACAUGCAGUCAAAAAUCAGCUCAAAAACUUCUUGAGCUGAUGCAAAAGGAUGGAAUCAAUAUGGAUGAUGAGACUCGUGGUCUGGUUCAGACAUCAAGAAGCAACACCAGGGAGGGAUAUUGAUCACAUGCAAAUGCGUACGUUAUGGGUGGUAGCUGUACGUGAGUACUUUCUUGGUGCUAGAGUUUGAUGCAGCUGCAAGCAUCUUGCGGAAGCCUUUGAAAUGCUCCACCAGUUUUUCUCGGGGCGGUGUGCACUCUUUCAGAACAGGGGCAGCUUCAAGGGCA